CACAUGCCACGCACGAUCCACAACUGCGCUGCUGCAAAGAUAACCAUUACUGUCUGAGUACGUGGCCUCACGCAGCUAUGGCGGCCGGCAGCGUCGGCGUCUCCGAGAGCAAUGACGGAGGAGGAGGCGGAAGGGUCACCAUGUUCGUGGUGCUGUCGUGCAUCACCGCCGGCAUGGGCGGCGCCAUCUUCGGCUACGACAUCGGGAUCGCGGGCGGGGUGUCGUCCAUGGAGCCGUUCCUUCGCAAGUUCUUCCCGGAGGUGUACCGUCGGAUGAAGGGCGACUCCCAUGUCAGCAACUACUGCAAGUUCGACAGCCAGAUGCUCACCGCCUUCACCUCAUCGCUCUACGUCGCCGGCCUGCUCACCACCUUCCUCGCCUCCGGCGUCACGGCCCGUCUUGGCCGCCGCCCGUCCAUGCUCCUUGGCGGUGCCGCUUUCCUCGCCGGCGCGGCUGUCGGAGGCUCGUCGCUGAACGUCUACAUGGCCAUCCUGGGGCGCGUGCUCCUCGGCGUCGGGCUGGGCUUCGCCAACCAGGCCGUCCCGCUGUACCUGUCGGAGAUGGCGCCGCCGCGGCACCGCGGCGCGUUCAGCAACGGCUUCCAGUUCAGCGUCGGCGUCGGCGCGCUCGCGGCCAACGUCAUCAACUUCGGCACGGAGAAGAUCAAGGGAGGCUGGGGUUGGCGCGUCUCGCUGUCCCUCGCCACCGUGCCGGCCGGGCUCCUGCUCGUCGGCGCGGUCUUCCUCCCGGAGACGCCCAACAGCCUCGUCCAGCAGGGCAAGGACCGCCGGGAUGUGGCGCUCUUGCUGCGUAAGAUCCGCGGCAUCCAUGACGUCGACCACGAGCUUGACGGCAUCGUCGCGGCCGCCGACAGCGCCACGGCGGCCGGCAGCAGCGGCCUGCGGAUGCUCCUCACCCAACGGAGGUACCGGCCGCAGCUGGUUAUGGCGGUGGCGAUCCCUUUCUUCCAGCAGGUGACAGGGAUCAACGCGAUCGCCUUCUACGCGCCCGUGCUGCUGCGCACGAUCGGCAUGGGCGAGAGCGCGUCGCUCCUGUCCUCGGUGGUCACGGGGGUCGUCGGCGCGGCCUCCACCCUCCUCUCCAUGUUCCUCGUCGACCGUUUCGGCCGCCGCACGCUCUUCCUAGCCGGCGGCACGCAGAUGCUCGGGUCGCAGCUCCUGAUCGGCGCCAUCAUGGCGGCAAAGCUGGGCGACCACGGCGGCGUGAGCAAGGGAUGGGCAGCGACUCUCAUCUUCCUGAUCGCGGUGUACGUGGCCGGGUUCGGGUGGUCGUGGGGGCCGCUGGGGUGGCUGGUGCCGAGCGAGAUCUUCCCGCUGGAGGUGCGGUCGUCGGGGCAGGGCGUGACGGUGGCGACGAGCUUCGUGUUCACGGUGUUCGUGGCGCAGACGUUCCUGGCCAUGCUGUGCCGCAUGAGGGCCGGCAUAUUCUUCUUCUUCGCGGCGUGGCUGGCGGCCAUGACGGCGUUCGUGUACCUCCUGCUGCCGGAGACGAGGGGCGUGCCCAUCGAGCAGGUGGACAGGGUGUGGCGCGAGCACUGGUUCUGGAGGAGGGUCCUGGGAAUGGGAUCCGAGGAGGCGCCAGCGAGCGGGAAACUCUGAAGGAGAGGAGGAGAGAAAUAGAGUCAUCAUAGUGUAGUUUCAGAGAUAUAAAUCAUGAUGCACACAACAAGUCAAAUAUGUAGCAUACAGUUUCGGAGAUCGCACAAAAUGGAAGAUGAAAGAUUGUAGAUCAAUGUAUGCAUUGCUCUUCAUUAUUGCUCGGCACUGCAUUAGUUCAGAA